CUAGUCGAGCACAAAAUCCAGGGCGGAGCUGUGGCGCUUGCCACUUGGCACUGGUACCGGGCCGGACCGGGUGGGGUGGGUUUAUUUCCCGGGUCCUGCUAUUUGUUCUGAUCUAACCCAAAUAGAGGAUUCUGGUUGCUUAAUCGGGCCCAAAGGUUCUGAUGGACCCGGCGCACAGAGCGGUGCUCCGGAGGUUCCGGGUGAAGCUGUCCGACCAGCUGCUGGUCACCGACACCAUCCUUCCGUUUCUGUUCCAGGAGGGGAUUCUGACGGUGGCCCAGGUCCAGCAGGUGGAGAGUCAGCCGACCGACAAGCAGAAGAACCUGAAGCUGUUGGACCUCCUGCCGAACCGCGGACCUCGAGCCUUUAGCGUCUUCUUGGACGCUCUGCGGGACUACAGCUGGAUCCGGGAGCAGCUGGAACUGGAGCUGCGGAACACUUCCGGUGAAGGGUCACCAGAUGACUCUGCUGCUCCUUACCGUUGCCACGGAGACGGCUGCCAGCUUCCUGACUCAGUCCUGCAGAAGGUUCCUUCGGAUCAGGAGUUGUCCCGGCUGGCCUCAAGACUUGGCGCCGAGUGGGAGGAAGUUCUGUUGGACCUGGGUGUGUCUGCCGAAGCUCUGUACCGCUGCCGCUCCGAUCACAUCCUGAGCAGCCAGGCAGCGGCGCUGGCGGGCCUGGUUCUGUGGAGGCGGUCCGAGGGGAAGAAGGCUACGCUGGCGAGGCUGCUCCAGAGUCUGGAGACCGCCGACAUCCAUCCGUCUGUCCUGGAGGAUGCUGUUAUGAGAUGAGGCUUCUACACUCCAGUCUGGGGUUAAAGGACUAAGAAACCAGCUGGGUUGGUCCAUGAUCGGACUGAUGACGAUUGCCAUAAAUUCACUAGAUAUUUAAAUUUAAGUCAAAUUACUUUAUGUAAAGGAAGGAAGGUUCUGGGGUUUCAUUUAUAAAAAUGAGUAUGAUCCAUGGCAGAAGUGUACAUAUGCCAAAAAAAAUCCUGUCAUGGAGAUGCACAAAUCUGGAUUUAUAAACCAUGCUGAUGCACAAAUUAUGAUAAACCACAGAGGUGAACAAAUCCUGAUUUAUAAACUAUGGAAAAGCACAAAUCCUGAUUUAUAAACCAUGGAAAAGCACAAAUCCUGAUUUAUAAACCAUGCUGAUGCACAGAUCCUGAUUUAUAAACCAUGGAGGUGAACAAAUACUGAUUUAUAAACCAUGGAGGUGAACAAAUCCUGAUUUAUAAAACGUAUAGGUGAACAAAUCCUGAUUUAUAAACCAUGGAGGUUAACAAAUCUGGAUUUAUAAACCGUAUAGGUGAACAAAUCCUGAUUUAUAAACCAUGGAGGUUAACAAAUCCUGAUUUAUAAACCGUAUAGGUGAACAAAUCCUGAUUUAUAAACCAUGGAGGUUAACAAAUCUGGAUUUAUAAACCGUAUAGGUGAACAAAUCCUGAUUUAUAAACCAUGGAGGUUAACAAAUCUGGAUUUAUAAACCGUGUAGGUGAACAAAUCCUGAUUUAUAAACCAUGGAGGUGAACAAAUCCUGAUUUAUAAACCGUAUAGGUGAACAAAUCCUGAUUUAUAAACCAUGGAGGUUAACAAAUCUGGAUUUAUAAACCGUAUAGGUGAACAAAUCCUGAUUUAUAAACCAUGGAGGUUAACAAAUCUGGAUUUAUAAACCGUAAAGGUGAACAAAUCCUGAUUUAUAAACCAUGGAGGU